CCCUAAUUUCUCCCUCGCGAUGGAAGGCCAGUUCUUUGGAGGCGCGGGGAUGGCGCCACAGCAGCAGCAGCAAUUCGUGGCACCGCCGCAGCAAUCCCCAGUCGCAGCGCAGCAGCCGUUUAGAUCGCUUCCAGCGCCACCGCAUUUCCAAUACGGGUACGUCUCGCAGCAACCGUUUCCUCCCUACAUUGCCACCGCCGCGGCGGCGCCUCCUCCUCCUCCGCCUCCUCCUCCUCCGAUCGCUCACAACAGCUUCUUCAAUCCCUGGGAGAUGCCGCCAACGCCCGUUCCUCCACCGCAGGACUCCGAGCUCCACAAGCGCAUCGACAAGCUUGUGGAGUUCUAUGUCAAGAACGGUCCCGGCUUUGAGGCACUGAUGAAAGAGAAGCAAAAGGAGAAUCCAGACUACGCGUUCUUGUUUGGAGCCGAUGGCCAUAGCUACUACCAGUACAAGCUCUGGAUCACGAUCAACCCCCACCUCGUGGCUUUCAAUCCAGCUCUCAACAUGGUGAACCAGGCUAUAGGAGUUCCUGCUGGGAUCACUCCGCCGCCUCCGCCACCUCCGCCACCACCAUCAGCGGCGGCGGCUGCGAGUUCCUUCCCAGCGUUUUUUGAUCUGGCCGCCGCCGCUUCUGCUCCCCCGGUCAUGCAUCACCCCCAGCAGCAGUUUUUCGAUCCAGCAUUGGCUACUGCUGCUACGCAGAUCAUCAGCUCGGAGAUGGUGGCGGAGUUGCAUGGUUUGCUGGAUAACUUGUCCGGGACUAAAGAGGCUAUCAAGAACGCUAGGAACUGGUUUGUGCAAAGGUCGACUUUUGCUCCCACGCUGGUGGAAGUUCUUCGAGACAGAGUGACUAAAUCCGAUGGUAACGUUGACAGCCAGAUGAACAUCUUGUACCUUGUCAACGACAUUCUCUUCAGCAGCUUGCAGUCUCGACUCAACACCAAAGAGCUCGACGGCGUAGCACUGGCUUUUCGUCCUGUUUUAAGCUCCAUCCUGGUGGCAAUCUACCAAAAUCCUCGGGUGAAUGACGCCGAACGCGAACAGGUGGAGAAGAUGCUACAGUUUUGGCGUACCAAGGAGGUUUACGAUCCAGAUACUGUUUAUUCUCUCGACAAAGAGAUGAGAUUUGACUCAACAGCUGGUGGACGAUACGGAGAGAAAACAUUGCCGCCGCCAGAACCAGAGAGGGAUGAGGAUCAUCAGCUACAGUCGAGUGCUGCCAGCUUUCCAGCUCCUCCACAAAGCCCUUCAGUUGCUUCGCUCUUUCCAGCCUUGGCUCCGUUUCUUGCUGCACAAGCUCCAAGUACACAGACGCAACAGCCAGCAGGCCGGGCAGAGCAAGCUCCGUAUCCGUUUUUUCCACCGGGACUAAUUCCAGGCAUGGUCCGGAAGAUGCAAAUCGGAAGCGGCGUUCCAUACUCCCCUCUCAGCCCGCUGGACAUCCCGACUAUCAUACCGUCAUCCGCGACGUCGGAGUCACACAUCAUGGACCGAGUUUCGAAGUUUUUCAAGGAGAUCGGAGAGCCUGAUCCUCUAGCCGGGAAGUAUAAGCCGUCAGGGGACUCAGACGACGAGGGAGCAGGCAGCGGUGGUGCUCGAAUUCCUCCACCGCCUCAGAUGCAACAAGUCGAUCCACAGACAGGAACUUUGCCGGAUGGAAGUCUGGAACACAGACCGGGAAUGACAUCCACCGGAAGGUUGGGACUCGGGGCAGCCGCGGAUCCAAACGAGGCCACGCAGUAUGAUGAUGUCUACACGUCGUACAGGAAGCAGCGGAGGACAAACUACCAUACCUCUCUGAGUGCGAGAGCAGCGGCAGCACGAUAAAGAUAUUUGCAAGGUCUCACCGAGCUCUUGCGUGCUUUAGGUGUUGCGAGUGAUCAUGCCACCACGUUGACGGGGUAUGUUAGCCAUAACCAUGAGUUUUGUAUCUUGUUUUAGUCUUAUCAUGAAUCAGAUAUCUUGCUUGAUAUGGC